CAGGUGUUGUAAGAAACAAACACAACUUUUGAAAGAUAAACAAAACUUUUUGAAAUCAUUCAUCCAAAAUUUUUUGUGAAUAAUCAGAAUGGUCAAUGAACAUGAUAACAGGAAAGAAAACACCAAUAACAAAACAUCUAAAACUAAAAGCAGAGAAAACAAUGGUUGUAAAUCUGAAGACGGAGGAGCUGGGGAUGUCGUCGCUGACUUUAUUGAAGAUGUUUGGGAAGUGAUGACUCCAGAAAUGCUUGAACGUCUUCGUUGUGUUUUAACAGAAGAUAUGGGUUUGUCAAAAAAAGAUGCUGAUGAAUUUAUUCAAAGUCAAAGAGCAAUUCGAAAACAGCGCAUUUGUUUGAAAAAGGACAGAAAAUUUGUAAGGAUAGGACCGAGAAAUCAAUGGAUUAAAGAGCUCUCAAGGGAUAUUGCUAAUCCAAUAGCUUCAGCCCUUGUUGGAAUUCUAUUAUCCAAGAGGACAGCUCGGACAAAGAAAAUAACAGAAAAAAUUCUAGAGCGACUUUGUGAUCUAACAGGGGAAAACACUACGGUGAAUUCUGCCAAGACAAGAAUAGAAAAAACUUUAGUUGUUGUGGCGGAUCGCAUGGCAACUUAUUUUGAUGAAGCGAUAACUGAUAUGGAAAGAGAAAUGGAAAAACACUAUAGACCUGUUCAAUCAUUUGGGGAUUGGGAGAGACAGUCAUUGGAUACUUUAAUGUCUACAGAGACAUCCACCCUUUCAGAAAGGGAUGAACUGGAUAAAAUGUCAGAGUCAGAAAUUGAAAGAUUGUUAACUCAUGACGAAAAGAAAAGAGUAAAAGUUCAAGAACAAGGAGACAUUUUAAGUGAAGACAUCACUAGUGAUGAAGAAAGUGAUGAAAGGGAGUCAAAAAGCAAAGAGGAAUCAGAAGAAGUUACAACUGAAGACGAAAGUGAAGUGUCUGUACAAGAAGAGGAAGAAGUGGAUGAAGAAGAGACAGAAGAUGAAGAAUCGUCUGCAGUUGAAGAAGAGGAAGCAAUUGAAGAAGAGGAAAUGGUUGAAGAGGAAGAAGAAAUUGUAGAAGAAGAAGAAGCAGAGGAAGAAGAAGCAGAGGAAGAAGAGACAGAAGAAGAAGAGGAGGAGGAGGAAGGGGAGAAAAGUGAACUUGAUGGUGAUAAAGAUACAGUUGAAGAGGAAAAAAUAGAGGAGCACAGAGUGGAACCUAACAUUGUGGAAUCUAAAGAAAGCGCAGAAAAAGUCGAUGAUACAUUAGAAGAACCGUCAAGGACACAUUUAGAUAUCUUAGAACUAUUGAAAGAAGACAUUGAGCGUACAUCAAAAGAUGGAAGUAAAACUGACCGGCAAAUAGCAGUAAAAAAUAUUAUCGAAAAGAGAUUUGAAGCAAUAGCCAAAGAAAAGUUAGACAAAUCAAUAGAUAGCAUUGUAAGAUUUGAUAUUGACGAAACCGCCUCUAUUGUUGCUAACUGGUUGGAAAAGAUUUUACCAUCAGGGGACAUUUCAGCUAAACUGUCAUUAGUACCAUCACUCAUAAAGAAACAAGGUUCAGCGUUUGAAAUCACAGUAGGUAAAGGCAGUCAAUAUGAAGUGAACAAAGUGAGUUCAACCACAGUUGCUGCAAAGGUGGCUGACGUGAAGGGUAUUGAGUUUCCCGUUAGAAGAAAGAAACUUCCCCGCUCAAUGUCUCCAAUAAAUAGUGAAACUACGAAAGAUUGGGCUGACUGGGCCUUAGAAGCAGCGAAUGUUGGAGAAGAAUGGGGUAAGUGGUUAGACAAAGCUUUAGACAGUGUCGAGGAGCGUUUUCUUCAGGAUAAAGCUCAGAUUGAACAACAUGAUGAAUGGAAAACCUGGAAAGAUUCUUUAGAACAUGAAGCUCAACAGUGGCGCGCAGAAAAACAUAAGAUAAAAGGUGAAGCUUACUUAUGGAACAAGAAAAUUGUCAGUGGCAAAACCCCUGGGCCAGAAAAAGAGACAAAUAUUGUGAACUAUUGACUUUCCUUUUAUGCAUACUAUACUUGUAAACAAUGUAUAACUUAUACUGUGUCUUAAAAAUAAUUAUAUCCCAUUCAUGAAGA